CAAAGUCCAAAGUCCAAACUCUCUAUCUCGCCGUGUCCCGUCGCGAGCCUCCGUACGCUCGGUCUACGCACCCGGCGCCAUCCUGAUCUGAUCAGUGGAAUUAGGUCUGUGGACGCGGCCCACGGACGGCAAACGUUCCGACCUAACCACAUUCCUUCCAUCAUUUCAUCCUUCCCGGUGCGGCUGCGGCCAGAUGCGUCCAAAUUCCUCAUAUUUUCUCUCCUCCCCUGGUCCCUUCUCGUUCUCGCCCGCGUAAUUCCUCUCUGGCGUCUACCAAAAGCGGAGCAACCGAGGCAAGAAAAAGGGGUGGGCGAGGAAAAGCGAUUAGGCUUCUCUUCCAGUUCCUGAUUCAGUCUGAGAAACAAUGGAUAUCUGAAGCAUGAAAAGUCAACCCACCUCACUCUUUUAAACAGUUCGGUUAACACACUUAAUGGCUGCGGUGUUUGCAUGACAUUCUCUUUGAGCUUAUAUGGGAGCAGUGGCUGUAUUGGUAAUUUAAGCAGAUCUCAGUCACUUCCAGAUUCUAAACCGAAGCGAUCUUUGAGAAAGAAAUAUCAGGAUUCAUCGACUGGAAACAGAAGACGAUGGCAAUCGGGUCUAGAAGCAAUGGAGAAGAAUGUUAGCAUAUCUGUUUCUCUUGAGGGGAAUAUCUCUUCUAUUCCCAAUUCAAUAGCCAACGACUCUAAAACGUCAAUGGAAAACAGGGUAGAUACAUCAUUUAUCAACCAUGCGGCUGAAGCAUGGGCUGAGAUGAGAAGACAAUGGGUUGGACGCCAGGCAGAAGUUCUGAGAAAGACCCCCCGAGAGCCAGUGAUAAGUUGGUCCACAACAUACGAUGAUCUCUUGUCGACAAGUGAGCGUUUUCCACAACGAAUCCCAUUAUCUGAGAUGGUUGAUUUUUUGGUUGACAUAUGGCACGAAGAAGGGCUCUAUGAUUAGCUGACCUCUGCCUUUCUUUACGCCUUGCUUUUAGAAUGUGGUCAACUUCCUCCCCACAAAAUAUGUGACCUUCAGAAGAAAUGAAAAAACUACAUACUCUAUGAAUUAGUCGCAACAUUUGAAAUUGAAAAAAAAAACUCUCAUGUGAAAAGGUACAACAGUGGGUUGGUAUAUUUGGUGAUGAGUUAUCAACGGUUUCUUCAUGUUGAAGGACUCGAUGACCUGUCAUUCCUGAAUGAACGAUUGCUUAAGAAUAUAAGGGGGAAGGGCAUUUUUUUCUCAUA